AUGACUAGUCAAAUAUUAGAUCUAGUUAGGCGUUUCAAGGUGUUGUGUGAAAGGAAUCCAGAUAAGUCAGAAGCUGUUGUUGCUAUUGAAGUCCUUGCGCAACUUCAUGAAUGCUCCGAUGUCACAACAGUUCAAGGUCUUCAUGAUGUAAUGAAUACAGCUAUAGAGCGUAUGUGGAAAGAGGGAGUUAGCAAUCUCUCGGUUAUAUCAGCUUGUGAAUUAUUCCAGCGUUUUAUUACGCUAGCAACACUGGAUACAGUCGAUUUUGAUGAAUGCAAAAAAGUUCUUUCUGAGAGGGCCCAGAUAUUUAUCAGAAAGGUCGGUUCAUGUAGGCGAAAAAUAGCAGAAAACUUCCUGAACUACAUCCCUAAUGGUUCAGUGAUAUUCUUACACUCUUAUUCCCGUGUUGUUCUUGCUGCACUGGCGUAUGCUGCAUCUACUCAAAAGCGUCUUCAUUGUUAUGUGACAACGUGUGCACCUAGCGGGCUGGGUGCAAAAAUGACGAAAGCGUUAGCUAAAUUAAAAAUUUCCUGUACUCUUGUUCCAGACAACUCUCUUGCUUACCUAAUGCCGCAAGUCGACCUUGUUGUUUUAGGAGCUGAAGCUGUAGUGGAAAGCGGUGGAAUAUUAAAUAUGCUUGGUUCCUCACUAAUUGCAAUGACAGCAUCUUCAUUCGGUAGACCAGUUUAUGUGCUUGCAGAAUCUUUUAAAUUUAUGCGAUGUUAUCCUCUUGAUCAGCGUCAUAUUCCUGAUGAGUUCAAAUGGUCUUACGAUCAUGAGUGUGGAUCAUUAUCACCAUCAACUCUAUUAGUUUUAACAGAUGGGAACAACUGUUUAACUCAUGAUGAAAAUAACUGCGAUUUUCCGGAAAUGAAAACAGCAUGGGCUGAUGUUGAAGCACAAAGAGUUCCCGUAAUUGAGCAAAAAAUGCCUCGAGUAGACUAUACAAGUCCAUGUUACAUUAAUUAUCUUAUAACAGAUCUGGGUGUCCUAACACCUUCAGCUUUUCCCAAUAUGAACAUAUACACAUUUAUGUACAUCUUAGUUUGUUUAUUCAAUACGAAUAUUUCAACAGUGACAACGACAAUCGUAGAUAAUGACUCGUCAGGUUCUGCAUCUCGUUUACUGGUUCUUCUGAUUGAUGGACUAAGAUGGGAUGUAAUAGCUGGUCGUUUAGAAAGUAAUACUAAUGAAUUCGGAUUCAAACGACUACAAAAAAAUGGUGCAUAUUUGCAACGUUUCACUCCUGUAUUUCCCGCAGAAUGUUAUCCGAAUAUUUACUCACUAUUCACAGGUCGUCACCCAAGUGAUCAUGGAGUUAUUCUGCCAACAACAUUUAGUGAACAUACAACGAUUAAUGGUAAACCUAUUCAUUCACAAGUUGAAGGUCUUUGGGAGACAGGAGUAAAACAAAAUAAAGGUGUUCAUCUUUAUCAUUUGCCUAUAUGUUCUACUGAAGUUGGCGGUGAAAAUAGUUGGUAUUGUGAACCGUAUAGUCAAGAAGUUAUGAAUCCUAUGAAUUUGAAUGCUACAAUACAAAAAGCUGUGGAUGGGUUAAAAAAUGGCAGUGCUCAUUUAGCAGUGGUAUACUACGAUGAAUUAGAUCGUAUUGGACAUAGAUAUGGUCCAUUAUCUAAUGAAUUAGUUCAUAAACAUUUAGUGUAUUUGGAUCAUGUUUUAGACUAUGCAUUGAACAUCAUAGAAUCUAUACCAAAUUUAAAUUUAAUGCUAACUUCUGACCAUGGUAUGGCGACUGUCUCACAUCAAGCAUAUGCUGAUCGUUAUUUUAAAGGCUCUGAGUUGGAUAGAGUACUGAAUCGUGGAAGUACAUUGUGGAUCUGGCCUAAACCAGAAUUUGAAAACAAUGUUUAUAAUCGCUUACUAAUUCAACAAAGUAAAUCUCCUUUCACUGUAUACAAUUCAUCGACAAUCCCUUCACAUUGGGAAAUUAUGACGAAUAAUAAUAAUUCAUUAUUUCCACCGAUAUUGUUAAUCGCUUCACCGGAUUAUAUAUUUCAUUCCAAUGCAUGGCCAUUAAAUAUGAGUCAUUACAAUUUAAUCGAUCCUAAAGGAAUGCAUGGCUAUGAUCCAGAACUACCUGACAUGCAUAUUCCAUUAUUUAUUUAUGGUCCAAAUUCUAAUCGUGGUGUUCAAUUAAAUUUUACCAAAGAAAUUCGUCCAAUUCAUAUACAUAGUUUAAUGGCUUAUUUAUCAUCGAUUAAUCUGCCAGAUUUCCGUUCACUCGAUUUAUUCAAACCAUUACUUUCACACAAUUAUAAUUAUGACAAUAAUCAGUUGUCACCUGUGUUGAAUAAUUUAUAUUGGUCAUCAUCAUUAUCAUUUUCUUCAUUAUUACAUGGAGAUCGUUUUAUGAUGACUUUUCUAAUCGGAGCAGCAGCGUUAACUUGUUUCUUUGUACUAGUUUGCACUUUCAUCGUAUUAGUCUGUAUUAGGUGUCGUAUUUCAUUGAUGAAUACACGUGUAGUCGGUUGUCAAGAUGAACUAAACAAGGAAUUAGUCAAGUCUGAGGUACUUUCUGAAGCUUAACUUCUCGGUCAUACUGUGUUCUAUACUAAUGUGUACGUGUGUUCCUUGUCUUUUUUUCAACUAGUCUUUAUCCCGUUUGAACAAAGAAGAAAAUAUUUAUAGCACUCAGGUUAUUUUUGUCUGAUAAAAGACCAUAUAUAUUUUUGUCGCCAAGCUACUCUUAUUGUUUUGAUAAACCCUUUGUGAGAUCCAUUUCAAAUAGAUUAUAAACUGACCAGCACUCAAACUAACUGUGUGCCUCCACAACAAUCCUUUCUCUUCACUGGACAGAUAAUCACUAUUUUAUGGAAUAUAUAUAUGGGAUAUUUCUCAGGAUAUUAAAAUGGUCACUAAUUGUCAAUAUGAUUAUAACCGCUUUUUAAUGUAUCAAUUAUACUACUAUUACUACUGAUAAGUGUGAUGACAAUAUCAUAGUAUUAAUAAUAACAACAGCCGUUUUUUUAUUAUUAAAACCGGAUACUCAGUAUAAUAUUAAUAUUCUUUUAUUAGUCGAACAUGUAGUACCUUCGUUCCUGCACUUCUUUGCGCCUUAGUAUUUCUGUAUAUGCGUGCGUGCGUGCGCGCUCACCUGUCCAACCGAACAUUCAUUGUAUGCAUGUAUCAUCUACUUCACCGCCUACGCCUACGGACUUAUAUACCAAUUUCACAGAGAUGUUUUGUUUUCUUUAUUUGAGAUUUAAUAUUUGUUCAAUAAUUUAGCCUUAUUUGCCUUAGUGAUUUCGAUUCUAGUUCUCUGACUUCUUUCAUUAUCAUUAUUAUUGUUAUUGUUAUGUAUUUUAUAGGAAAAAAAAACAAAAACAGAAAACAUGUACUAUUUGCUUAGUUUAUUUCCCCUCCCCAUUACUUCUCUUUCAAUUGCUUGCUAGCUUCUCUUAAUUGGCUUUCUUUCUGUGAGUUUUAUCUUACGUAAAAGAGUAUAGCAAUAGUGUAGUUAUUAAAUUUAUCAAUAUUUUUGGAAAAGAAUAUGCUGUCCUUGUUUUUUGCUUUCCCCUUGCAAAUAUUACAUAGUUUAUGGGAAAAAUCAAUCAAUAAGAGGGAAUAGUGAUAGAGAGAAGUGAGUAGUAAGGAAAAUUCAACAUAGUUCCCAUAUGAUUGAAGAGUACCAUAAACUCUAGAACUAAAUAAUGAUUUCGUAUAUACUUAACACCAUUUAAACUAAGAAUGAUUUGCCUGUUUCAAUUAUUACGUUACAUCUUUGUUUCAUUGAUAAUUUAGAGGAAAAAAACAGUGUUUUUUGUACCCUUUAGUAAAUGCUAAUGACUAACAAUCAAAUGUAGGAUUUGUUCUGUUUCAAAUCUGUUCAUUAAAUGUUUAUAACAAUAUAAUAAUCAAGCAUAACUCAUUUAACCGAUAUAGAUUUGUGUAGUUAACUGUAUG